AUGGUCGCCACCAAUCCGCGUGAGAUUGGCACGCUCGUUGUCGUGGUUCUGAAAGCGAGGAACUUGCCCAACAAGAGGCACAUCGGCAAGCAAGAUCCGUUCUGUUCCAUCGUUUUCAAUGAAGAGAAGAGGAGAACGAAGGCCAUAAAACGCGGAGGACAGCACCCAGAGUGGGAUGAGGAGUUCCGGUUCACGCUCGUGGAGGAUGACGACGACGAGGCGACAUCGUCGCAGUUCGAUACCAGCGAUAGGGUGCCGCCCCCGCUGCCGCCGAAGAGUGGUACAAAGGGGCCACCAAGAGUCAAGGGCGGACGAUCGAUGGCCAUCGCCUGCUACGCCGACGAUCCUCGCGAACCUGACCUUAUUGGAGACUGUACCGCAGACCUGACCGAGGUGUUGACGAAGGGCGAAACGGAUGAAUGGUUCGUUUUGAUGAACAAGGACAAGUACUGUGGUGAAGUGUACCUUGAGAUGACGUUCUGGUCUAACGAGCCAGAACCAUUGAAGAAGGUUACCCCGAAACCUAAAACGAAGAAGCUGUACGGUGGCCCUGGGUCGUUUGUUCCUGCAGAGGAGCCAUCGAUGCAUAGCGGGCUUGAUGUGCAGCACGAGAUUCGACGUCUGCCGUCUAACAGUAACAUGCGCGACAGCCUAAGGCUCGAAAACAUCCCUCGAUCUCUGCGGCCAUCGGCCUCAUUCGCGAACCUUGACCUCUAUGUGCCACCGUAUGAGAGUUCCCGGACUCGCCAUACAGACGUGGAAAGCGUCGCCACCGAGUUUGCCGAUUUGGGCGUUGGCGACCAUGCCAACGGACGAUUGAACUUCCCACCACAGCAGCCAGGGUAUCUGCCACGGCCUACGUCAUCGCAUGGUUACUCUGAUGCUCUUUCUCAAACGCCUUCCCAACACGGGUUUCAUCAGGGGAGCUAUUUGGAUGGCAGUGCACCAUCGCAUUAUAAUGCGCCAGAUCCGCCGGCGCCCGUCUCCUAUCAACAGGAGCAUGUGCCAGCUGAACCGUACCAGCCGCCGUAUGAACCUGCGCCUCCGUCUACAUUCCAUGCAUCUGCACGUCCGACAGGCCCGAGGCAGGGUGUAUCUGCCGCUUCGUCGGGCUUCAUGCCCAUACCCAUGCCAAUCCCGACGUCUGCACCUUCCGGGUUUGGCUCGUUCUCGUCUUACCCCUCUCAAUCGUCUGGAUUUGCUGCUGGACCGGCCACGGCGGCGCCGUCGACCUAUGGAUAUCCACCAUCACAUCAUCCUACCCCGUCUUCCAGCUUUUCCACCUUGCCGCCGCAGCCAGUCACGUCUUCUGGCUUUGCGCCUCUGCCGCCUUCUCGUUCGCACCACCAUUCUCUCCCCCAGCCUCCCGUGUCGUCUGGUUUCUCAUCUCAGUCAUAUGUACAGUACCCCACGCAACAUGUACCACCGGCACCAUCCGCAUCAGCGCCUCCACAUCAGCAUGUAUCCCAAGAAGUAUAUGUGCCUCCGCCGCCGCCGUCUGUACCUCCCCACUCUUACUCCGCUCCUCCUGAACCAUUUCCAAUUACACGAACCUCGCCGUCACCGCCAUUAGACAAUAUUCCGCCGCCACCGCCACUGAACGGCUCCUUCAGACGCUCGUCGCCUCCCUCGCGUCCUUUACCCCAACCAGGGACAACAAAUGGGCAGCCGCAUCCACGCCGUACGUCAUUGCCAGUGCCGCCUCCCGGCGGGCCUCAAGGAAUAUAUGAUCCACAGCGUACUCCUCCGAAAGUAUUCGGUUCUGGCUCUCUAGGACAGCUUGGGUCAUAUGGUACACCCCGAAGCCCUCCUCAGGCUUUUGGCUCUAUAAACGGACAAAACGGGAUGUAUGACGUCCAGCGGAGUCCGCCACAGACGUACAACUCGUCCCUCAUGGGCCUGCCUGGAUCUUAUAAUUCAUCAUCGAAUGCAUCUAUGCCGUUCAGCUCGAACGGUGGCGUUCCCAGCAGAGGGAAUUCUGGGUCAUACACUUCUUCCAGUCAGUUGGGAUUGUACAUGCAGCCUAACGGAUCGGCUUCGGCUGUGUACAACCAUCCAGAGCAGUCACGGUCAAUGAGCUCCAUCGCAAGAGUAGACCCGGUAAAUCCGCCUAGUGACCCAUAUGAUUCUAUCCCUCCUCCCCCGCCGCUUCCGUCAGAAGGUGGGCCAGUGUAUGUACAGAACAAUCAGCUUCCAGUGGCCCGCUCUUCACCGCCGCUGCCCCAGUCGCAGCAUUCGAGAACUUCUCUUCCACGCACGCCAUCUCUUUCUGUCCCCCUGCAGCCUAGAUCAAGACACAUAAGUCUCCCAGCGCCACCUCCGAUGGGCUUAGCCAGCCAGCCCUCCUAUCAUACUCUGCCCCCGCCUCCAGCGCCGCCCAGUAUGCCAUCCGAUGUCCACUAUGAACCCGUUUCCACGUUUCCUUCUGCCAAUCUGAGCCAGACAUUUCACCCAGGGCCUCCACCGCGUCCUCCCGCACAGAUCAACCCUCAACCGCGCUACGUGUCUUCCCCUAUCACUGCGCAGUCCUACAACAGCGUCCCACCUCUAGGUGAACGUGACGGAAGGUGGUGA